GAAAUACUUUGCUCGAAUUAUUGGACAUAACAACGCUUGCAAUUUUCUUUUUUCUUCUUUUUCUUUUCCUUUUCAUUAAGGAUCUAUCAUUCGUAUAGAAGCUAUCAAUAACUGACAUCGCAUACGUCAUCAAAAAUCACAUGUACCUGUUCUUAACCGCAUAAGAUCUAACGAGAGGACACGCUACCGAAAAAGACUGACGAUCUACGAAUUCCUGCUUUAUUCUAGUGCAUUGUAAUAUGUAGAAGAGAAGAUACACGUCAGCAGGACUCGAGAAUAUUCAGUGAAAGAAUUAAAUAGUAAUUAAAAAAGCUAUUGUAAAUAAAACACCGUAGAUAAAGUAUUGUGUGCAUUCGGCGCGUAACCAGAGACAUCUACUCCAUUUUCGAAGCAAUUAACCGCUACUUAUGGCCUUUAUACAUAAUACCGAACAAGUGAUAUCAAAUAGUAGUGAUUGGUUCACCGAUGGUAUCAGUAGUACAUCACCGAAUCCUAAUAGCAAAGUGGAAAUCACAAAUAUGGAUCAAAAGAAAGUAUCUUAUAGGAGAUCAUGCCACGUUCAACAGCGUGGAAUUUGCGCGACUCUCGUAUUCCUCGUUUUAAUUAUCGGUACGAUACUUUUCGCAUAUACAGCGUUUGCAUCAUCCCUCAAGGACAAUACUAUACAACAGGUGACAUUUCUUUUCCGACAUGGCGAUAGAACUCCAUUAAGAACUUAUCCUACGGAUCCAUAUAAAAAUUACUCAUGGCCUGGCGGUUGGGGUGCUCUUACAACGAAAGGAAUGCGUCAACUUUACUUUAUUGGAAAAAAAAUUCGUAAAAGAUAUAAUUCCAUAGUCGAUUUGAAAUUUAAUAGUAUGACUUCAUUUAUACGCAGCAGUGAUUCCGAUCGUUGUAUUAUGUCGGCGCAAGCACUACUUGCUGGAUUAUAUCCACCAACAACUGAUCAAAUAUUUGUAUCUAAUUUAAAAUGGCGUCCAAUUCCAGUGCAUACAGUACCUAGAAAUAUGGAUAAGGUAAUAGUGGUUAAAGCUCCUUGUCCAAAAUUAAAACAAGCAUUAGAAGAAGCAUAUGUCAACGAAUCGAUAAAAUCUGAUGGGAAAUUGGAAAAUUAUUACAAGGAAUUAACAAUGCAUACUCAGCAGCCAGUGAAAACUAUUACAGAUAUAGAGUUUUUGUAUAAUAUACUUUAUAUCCAAAGUAAACACGGCUUAGUACUUCCAAAAUGGACGAAAAAAUAUUAUAACGACGAAAUGAAAACCAUCGCAGCUCGUGCUUUGACUUUACUCACAAGCAACACUUUGCUACGACGUUUGCACGGAGGACCUUUAUUAAAACAAAUUGUAAAUCAAAUGCAAGAAUCGCAAAUUAAAAAAGAUUCGAAAAAAGCAUACUUCUAUUCUGUUCACGAUGUAACUUUGGUAAAUCUUUUAAGAACUAUGGGAUUCACGAAUGAAUUAUUUCUUCCAGAAUAUGGGGCUAUGAUCAUUUUUGAACUUCAUUCAUAUUCUGACAAGGAGCAAGAAGUAAAGGUGUCUUAUUUGAAUAGUACGAAAUCGAUCGAGCCGCAUUCUUUGAAUAUACCUAAUUGCGAGAAACCCUGUUUAUUGUCAAACUUAUUGAAUGUAUGGAAAGACGUAAUACCUGUUGAUUGGGACAAUGAAUGUAUUUUAUGAAUAUUUUAAAAAUUCACACCGAUUCAUAUUCAUUUGAUUGAUAUUUAUAAUCUCUAGAUUAAUAUAAAAGAAGAUCUUGAAUAUAAAAGAUCUUGAAUUUAAAGAUGAUUUCUAUUCUUUUUUUUCAUAUAUUAAAAAUUUUUGAAUUUGAUCACUGUAUUGUAAGACUAAUACUGUUAAUAUAAGUAUUUUAUAUAAAUAUAUUUAAAUAAUUAUUUGAUAUAAGAUACAUUCAGUAAAAUCGUACAAUACAUUUAUGUAAUCAAUUGUAUAAUAUUGUGUAUAAAUAUCGUUUUUAGAUGAAAGUCGAUUUGUAGUACAGACUUUCUCAUUAAAAAAAGAAAAAAAAACGAAACAUUGAUACAUUAUCUUUACAUCUAACGAAUGCUUAAAAUAACUCCAACUUUAAUAGAUAAUCUCGUUAAAACCGGUAAAUUGACACAAGAUCGUUUAACCAGGAUGUGUCCGCUUUACUUACGCAACGAAUGACACUGAAUCGCUUGCAUAUAUCAUUGCGUAAUAACACCAAGGAUUAUAGUGCAAGUGCGAGAGCUCCCAUUCGUCAAAGUACUGUCUAUCAAACUUUGAAUUCGUCUUUGUACAAACAUCUGUUACGAUAUUUCAUUGAAAUUAGAUAUCGUUUUUAUUCAUGAAAACUGCGUUGCACAUUCCAAAAUAAUUGUUUUAUCAGAAUACAUAACGUAAGACGUACAAGAAGGUUUAUGUCUCUUCUAUAGUUCUCUCUCUCUCUCUCUCUCUCUCUCUCUCUCUCUCUCUCUCUCUCUCUCUCUCUCUCUCUCUCCUUUCUUUGACGAGAUAGAUAACUUUCUUGAAAGGCCCUAAUCGGUGGAUCCUUUUAGUAAAGAAUUAUUCACCAAUUCUUCUUUUCAAUAGGUUAAUAAUGAGCUUAAUGAUAUUAAUAAAAGCCCGUGGAGAUUGUAGAUAGAUGUUCUUACUUUAAUAAUAGAUAAAAUAUAUAAUAAAUUAAUGUUACUGGAUA